CGUAGUCCAGAAUCCGGAUGAAGUUGAGCCGCAUCUGCUGUCGACGCCAUCGGAACGGCGUCGUUUAACCGUAAAGCAUAACCCGCCAGCGCAGCAGCAGAUUCGUUCUAUUCAACGAACCGUCGGUUAUUGAGUGAGGCGUAGAGGUACAGACUCCGACUGAAGACAGUGGAGAGCGAGAGCAAGAGGGAGUGAGAGAGAGAAGUGUGAUUCGUGAUCACUGAUCGGCGGCGAUAACGAUGGCGUCGAAAUUUGAUUUCUCAGAGGAAGAAUUUCAGGCAUGCUGCGGAAGCUCCAAAUUCGCCAGAGAAAUGGUUGCCGCGUCCCCUUUUUCAUCCUUGGAAGAAGCUCUAGCCACAGCUAGACUCGUCUGGUUCAAUAAGGUUGAUGUGAGUGGUUGGCUGGAAGCGUUCUCUGCUCACCCACAGAUUGGUCAACUCUCCAAGUCAUCCAAUCAGAAGAGUGCUCAAUGGAGUAAGGGAGAACAAUCAACUGCACUGGCAACCGCAACUGAUUCUAGCUUACAGGAGCUCGCAGAAUGGAAUACUGAAUAUCAUCAAAAGUUUGGAUUUGUGUUUCUUAUUUGUGCAUCAGGACGGAGCACUAGCGAAAUACUUGAAGAAUUGAAGAAACGGUAUCUAAAUAUACCCAUAGUUGAGUUUGAGGUUGCUGCAGAGGAGCAAAUGAAAAUAACAAAUUUGCGUCUUGCAAAGCUUUUCUCUACCAAACAAAAUGGCUCUUCAACAACAGAGAGCUAUCCUGCAGGUUUCGCAAGAAAAGUAGAAGAAGAUCGUGUGAGCAUUAUUGGAGGGCAUCUCACUGCUGCAAAUGCUGAAGCUCCAACUGGAAAGAUGCCACAAUUUUCAACUCGAACUCGUCCACCAAUUACGACCCAUGUGUUGGAUGUUGCACGGGGAUAUCCAGCUGCUGGUAUCGAGGUGUGCUUGGAGAGAUGGAAUGGUACUGAACCCCGCCCCUUAUUCGGUAAUGUUGAUGCUGGUGGCUGGGUACUUGAAGGAUCUUCAGUAACAGAUAAAGAUGGCAGAAGUGGCCAACUGUUGAGCAUAGUUGAUGCUAUAAAUCCAGGAAUAUACAGGAUAAGUUUUAACACGGGCGAGUAUUUCCCCACCGGGUUCUUUCCCUACGUUUCUGUCGUGUUCGAGAUCAGGGAAUCCCAGAAGUUGGAACACUUCCACGUCCCUCUCCUGCUUUCACCAUUCUCAUUUUCCACUUACCGUGGAAGCUAGAAGUUCUUAGUAGCAAAGAGACUGUUUUUGUCAAAUAUUUGGACGUCCUUUAGAGUACUAUUUUGACUAGAGUCGAACAAUGCAAUGUCGAUUGAUACUAAACGACGUGGAUGAUUGGUGAAUGUUGUAUUUUCUGAAAAAUCUUACUGCAAAUUUGUGAGAAGAUAUCAUCGUACAUAUGCUUUUUGAAAACUAGAUUGAAGUUUCAGUUUAUGAUUAUAUAAUGGCCCUUGGAUGGAAAAA